CUCGAUGCGAUAGCAGUGGCUUGCGCGCUCUGUUUUGGCCCCCUCGUGGCCUCCCUGAAGCCGCGCACCAGAGGUAACUCUUGCCUAGUGCCACUCUUGCGUGUGGCCGAUUCGGGGCCAUGGCGAACGGCAGCAUGCGCGGCCUGGCCUUCGCCACGGGGGCUGGGGUGGAGGACGCGGCCAAGGAGCGGAGACAGCCGCUGGGCGCAGGACCUGGCUCGGAGGCCACCCGGGAGCCGGUCCGCAUCAGCCCAGCGCUGGCCAGCAAGAUCAGGGAGGUGCAGCGGGCGGCGGCCGCCCAGGCCUUCGAGUUCCUGGUGCACGGCAGGGUGAGCCUGGUCGGCCUGGCGCUUCUCCAGGUAAUUCGCGCAUUCUGCUGGCUGAAGGGCAAUAUCCCUGGAGCCACGGUGCUUGGCAUGCACUUCCUGACUACCAUCUCUGAUGUUGCCGUGUGUUUCUUUGCGGUGCCGUUGUUCUUCUACGGGACGAGCGGGCAGUGCGUACAGCUGGGCUGCUUGGGGCCGAUGCUCACACUAGUCUUCGCCAUGACCCUCGUGGACCUGAGUGCGCUCGUCGCCUACCUGGUUGUCGCCACCCCGCGGCCACUGUCGCCCGACUCCCACUCCUUCGUGGACGUGCUGGAGGCUUGCAUUGGCAUCUGGGAGUUUGUGCUCGUGGCAUCUGUUGCCCUCCAGGUAUCGCUGUGCCUCUCCACGUGGCGGGUGUACCGCGGCCUCCGCAAGGUGGGGCUCUACCCGCCCGACAGCGACCCGACCAAGGUCGGCGCCAGUCGGGACGUGUCGGUGUUGGAAGUUGUCUGCGAGGCGGAGGACGUGGAGCUGCUCUCCAAUUGGGAGCCUCCCUGUAUGGCGCACGACCCGGCGCACGACAGCAUUGAAUUAGCUAGUGAUGGCAGAGCGCGGGACAAUAGUGGUCCAGUGACUUAGGCUGCUAUGUUUCAGACUGUUCCGAGGAAGCAUGCACGACGUAAACAUAACUGUUAUUUAUGAUGUGUUUUUUUCCUGUGCUGGGUUUUGGGACUGGCGCCCCCUGUCGGCUCCUGCAUUGCAAAUCGCAGUGGACAGGCUUGCCUCUCUCCCGUCCGGAUCCCAGAGUCUCCUAUCUAUCAUUACCAUCCUUAAGCUCCUGCUACCUCCCUCGUAACGCACUCUAAUGCCGCAAUGUCGAGUAGCGUGCAAAGCGGCGCUGCUGCGCACUUUCGAUCCUUGCGUUAGGGCCGCUAGGGACCAGCUGUGACGUGAAGAGUUCGCUCUCGGCAA